GACUGUGGAGGGCGUGAUCACACUCAGAUAGCGACAUCAAAAGGGAAGGUUACAUCAGAGGCAGCAGACCUUUAGAUUUGCCACGAGCAGCCUGUCGACAGCUAUCAUGCAAGCAAAACAUCUGGAUGCUGUUGUCAUACUUGGAAUUGUUUUUUCGCAGAUAUCAGAUAUGCAGAUUUCAUCGGAACCUUCGGGCUGUUUGGCUGUUUUGGUUGCCUGUGUGUCAGAUUUAUGCAGGAGUGAGGAGGCGUUUUACAGUGGCACCUGUGGGGUGAACGACAGAGCAUGCCGACUAAAGGGCUCUACGGUGUGUAACAUGACCAUCCAGGCUGUACUGAACCAAUAUCCUUCACUGCACGGUUGUGUGUGCACAUGGGAGGAGGAGCUUUGUGACUCUUUACAAGCACUGGCGACACAAUGCCUCCAAAAGACAGGUCAACAGAAGACGGGUGCAGCGAUGGACUGGAAAUCUAGCAGCCUAACAGGAUAUGCUUAUGAUGGUGCAGGAUCCUGCCUGGAGCAAACACAAGUUUGCAUCGGUGAUGUUGUUUGCAACAGACACCUCGCAGUUGUUCUGCAGGCAUGUACACCAGAGCUGUGCGACUCCAGACGCUGUCAGCAUGCCACACAGAUGUUCUACGGCAGCAUGCCACACAACGUCGCAGAGAUGCUGCUCAUGUGCGACUGUGACACUUUAGACAAUAACUGCAUGCAAGCGAAGAGUGUUCUGCACGGUGGCACAUGCGGGGAAAAAACUACAUUCUGUCAGGAAACUGUGAACCGGUGUGUGGGGGACUCCUACUGCAGAAACCUGUUAAAAACUUUCCGAGCCAAAUGCUGGGCACCUGAAGAUGUACAAUGUGAUGACAGUGACCUCGAAUAUCAUGCGUGUCUCACCCAAAUGGAUCCAGCUGGCCUGCUCAGUCAUGAUUACGACUGCAAAAUGUCCUUCUUGGCUGCUGUGGGCACUGCGCUUCUCCAGCCUUGCACUUGUAAAGGCUUGCACAGUAAUGAUCUGAGGAAAUGUAACAUGCUUUACGAUGUCCUGCACAACAGAUCACACUUUAGGACACUGUGGAAAAACAGUAGUGGUCCAUCUAUACCUCAUACAACCAACAAAUCUGAGCAAACUCACAGCUGGCUAACUGGUAAUUAUCCAUUUGAUUCCUGCACUGUGCAAUUAUUAAUUAGUAUGAGCAAAUAUGUUAUGAGAUGGGGCUGGCAAAGCAUGGUUACUGUGUAAUAGUGUAUACUCAUGUCUUGAGGUUUUACUGUAGUUCAGAUUCAAAUUCCUCAAAAAGUGUAGAUGUUAUUUAGUGUAUUUGUUCAUUAAAAUUAGACAAAUAUUAUAUAGGAACUUAUAUAUAUAGAGUGAGUGAGCAUCUUUUUAGCAACACAAAAUAUAUGUU